UCUAGAGCUGAGCAAGCUAGGGUCAGCCUCCCGCCGAAGCUUCGUCAGAGCUGCCGCCUGCCAUUCCCGCCCGCCGCAGCGAACAACCUCAACAGCGGAGCCCACCACUCUGCCAGCGGCAAGCAACACCACAUCGCGACCUCGCCUUCAUCCCAGAGCAGCACGUUCAACCACGGAUUUUUGCUAGCUCCCCAAUCCACAAGAUAGCCAGCGACUCCGGCGUGACGGCAAGAUGGCUUCAGGAUACGAUAGGGCUCUUUCAGUAUUCAGUCCCGAUGGACACGUCUUCCAGGUCGAGUAUGCGGGCGAGGCCGUGAAGCGAGGAACGUGCGCCGUCGGCGUCAAGGGAGCGGACAUUGUCGUGCUGGGCUGUGAGAAGAGGUCGGCGAUGAAGCUCCAAGACACUCGCAUCACCCCGUCCAAGAUCGGCCUGAUCGAUACGCACGUAUGCCUCGCGUUUGCUGGCCUCAACGCCGAUGCCAGGAUUCUGGUCGACAAGGCCAGAUUAGAAGCGCAGUCGCACCGCCUGACGGUUGAGGACCCCGCCACGAUCGAGUACAUUACCAAGUACGUCGCUGGCGUCCAGCAGCGGUACACACAGAGCGGAGGUGUCAGGCCGUUUGGCAUCAGCACACUCGUCGUUGGCUUCGACAACGGAAGCAGGGUGCCUAGGCUCUACCAGACCGAGCCUUCAGGUAUCUAUUCGGCAUGGAAAGCCAACGCGAUUGGUAGAUCAAGCAAGACCGUGCGGGAGUUCCUAGAGCGCAACUACCAGGAGGACAUGGACCGGGAGCACACGAUCCGGCUGGCGAUCAAAUCCCUGCUCGAGGUCGUCCAGACCGGUGCCAAGAACAUCGAGAUCGCCAUCAUGGCACCAGGGAAGCUCAUCGAGAUGCUGCCCGUAGAGGAUAUCGAAAACUACGUCAAGAACAUCGAGCAAGAGAAACAGGAGGAGGCCGCUAAGAAGAAGACGGGCCGCACGCCCGGCACGGGAAGCGCUGCCAUCCUCACCCGGGAGCAAGGCGGGUCUGAGGAGUAGGGGGUCAAGCCGAUGAGCGGACGGACCUGGCUUCCCUGGAAGAUUCAUUGAGAAGAAAUGGCCUCGAGCGAGGAACCACCAGAAACCGGGCUUAGAUCACGAUACCACCCAAAUGUACGAUUUAUUAUGCAAUCCAUUUGAGCAUCGUGCUCCCGUCUUGGUACCUGCACACAUGUUCCUUGGUGCCAACCACUCGAGGAUCUCGUCUGUCAUCAGCCCAGUUUGUCCGCAUCGUCCUCAGGAUCGAAUAUUGUCCUCUGCUUGGGCUCCUUGACGCGGUCGUCCCUCAGCAUCCGGUUGUCCAUUCUGGCAUCCUCGCCCUCGACCGAGAUGGCGGCCUUGGGAGUGAGGGCAUCGAGGACGAAGUGGUUGUCGCAGUGCGGGCAGUACUCGUCGGCCUCCUCAAACUCUGUCGCAUCCUUGCGGAAACACUUUUUGCAUUUCUUGCAGGCGAAGGUCAUGUCGACCGUCUUGCGGAGUUCGUGCUUCUCCUGCUCCAGGUGGCAGUCGGCGCAGUCAAACCAUUUCCGGCCUAUACGGGGUUCGCCGUGUGGGAGUGUCCGGUUAGGCACAAGGCUCGCGCGCGGCGGGAGGGGGACUGUCGCGAUUCACCGUCUGCGACUGGCUUCUUACAGCAUGGCGACCGGAUGGAGACCUGGGCGUUCAAGAUGUGCUUGCUUGCGAGACUUUGUAAGCGCGGCCUGGACUAGGUUUAAGGACUUUGGAGUAUUUACCACAUAUUUCCUGUUGGCUCUCGCGAGCUUUGCGGAUUGAUUCUUCGGGCCGGAUUUGCUAAGAAAACAAAAUGCGACUUUGAAUGACGACGCUGGAGCCCGCUGGCGGUGUCAAACGUCAAGGCAAACCCAACGGGAGGGCUAACCACAUCCCAUUAGCCCCGCCUUUUGGUGGGGAACCUAGGUCGGUGUCUGGGGCAUCGGGAUGGGGCAAGGGGCACCUCAAUGUUGGCACGCCCACCACAAAAAAAAUAUGGCAGCCGAACCUACCUAAACAACAGAAAAGCUGCGAGGACCGUAAGAGCAGGAAUAGGAAUAGUAACAGGAGUAACAAGACAAAUAAUAAAAUCGUAAGAAACAAUAAUAGGAAUAGUAUUAAAAAUGAAAA